AAGACACUGUUUUUACGUAGGCAGUGUAGGCGGAGCUCAGAAAGUAAUAAAUGAAGGUUACGCACUGUCGUGUACCAGAAAACAUCUUAGCAAGCCUGUGAAGUUUUAAUGAUGGUUGCCACGGCGAGGAUUGUCAUUGUAAUGCUCGGUUUGAUCGUUCUGGCAACAGGAGCAUAUAUACCAGAUGGUGCAACAGAGCCUGACUGUUCGAUGUUCUUCCUUCCUAUCUGCACCCGCGAGUAUGAUCCUAUGUGUGGGACAGACGGCGUGGAGUAUUCCAACGAGUGCAUGCUGUGUCUCCACAACCUCGAACAGAAGCAGAACAUCUUCAUAAACAACAAAGGCCUAUGCUAAACCUUAGGCCAAUGAUGCCUUCACAUGGCCUACAUGAACUGAAGAUGCCAGGUCCUCCAGUUUCUUGUGGUUGACAUGGCGAAGCUCCUGUUGCUUUCACACAUGUUAAACCCCUAAAGAACUAUAUGUUACAGACUCCUUGUAGGCUAUUCCUCUGAACGUUUGAGUAAAAACUUUCAUUUAAUCUUUUAGUUUUGUGCUUUUAGUCUCUUAAAUCACGUUGAACAGCUUUUCACCACACCUACAAACACCUGUGUGGAGAUUGUCCAGACUUGCCUAAUUUCGACAUUGAACCAACCGGAGAAUGUUUGGAAUUCUGUUCUGAGGUGUUGUCUAUCGUUUCUUAAUAUUAUUAAUAAAAUGUUGACUUAA